UCAAUUUUGGAGUCUUUAAAUAUUACCGGAAGUUCGUCCCGCAGCGCAAAGCAUGCUGGGUUGUGUAGUUCUGUGGUCUCAAAACGUAGCAUAAAUGCUCUGCGCCGGAAGUAUAUCGUCCUCUUCUUAGUGAUCAAACAUGGCGGAACAGGGUGAGAAGAAGGAGAACCCUAUGAGGGAGCUGCGCAUCCGCAAACUGUGCCUGAACAUCUGUGUGGGUGAGAGCGGUGACAGACUGACCCGUGCUGCUAAGGUGCUGGAACAGCUGACAGGACAGACUCCUGUCUUCUCCAAGGCCCGCUACACUGUGCGAUCCUUUGGUAUCCGUAGAAAUGAAAAGAUUGCAGUCCACUGCACUGUCCGUGGAGCCAAGGCUGAGGAAAUCCUGGAGAAGGGACUGAAGGUGCGUGAGUACGAGUUGAGAAAGAACAACUUCUCAGACACAGGAAACUUCGGCUUUGGUAUCCAGGAACACAUUGAUUUGGGCAUCAAGUACGACCCAAGCAUUGGAAUCUACGGCUUGGACUUUUAUGUGGUUCUUGGCAGACCUGGAUUCAGCAUUGCUGACAAGAAGCGGAAGCAGGGCCGCAUCGGCGCCAAGCACCGUAUCCGCAAAGAGGAGGCAAUGCGCUGGUUCCAACAGAAGUAUGAUGGCAUCAUCCUCCCUGGCAAGUAAAGGACCACCCUUUUUCCCCAAUUUGUAACAAACAAAUAAAAGAAAAGCCCAAAUGUGA